AAAUUCGCAUCAUCGGCAGCAAUUGCAAGGCCCAUCAUCAAUAACCAUUUCUUUUUCAAUCUCAUUUGCUCAAACUUGUCUGCAAAAAAAUGGCAGAAGCACUUGUUUCCACUCUCUUAGAGCAGAUAACAACAAUCAUCUGUGAAGGAGCACUAGAGGAAGUGAGACUUCUGAAAGGGGUUAAGGAUGAUUUGAGAAAGCUCAAAUUCAAUCUCACAUCCAUCAAAGCUUUACUUGAAGAUGCUGAGCAAAAGCAAAUAUCAGACAAAACUGUCCAGUUAUGGUUAGAUCGGCUGCAAGAAGAGUCUCUUGACAUGGAGGAUGCUCUGGAUGAGUGGAGAACCGUACUUUUAUAUCGGCCAACUGAUGGAGCUGAAAAUGCUUCUUUUCUUCAGAGGAAGGUAUGCCUUUUCUUCCGAUGCUUUUCUUUUCGUCGUGUUUAUAGGUACCAUGGCAUUGCUCACAGCAUAAAAGGAAUUAAUGAGAGGUUAGAUGAGAUUGCUAAAGAUAGAGUAAGGUAUCAGUUAACAGAUAUGCCUAGUAGAUUGCCAAAACGAAAAGAAAGCACGAGUUUUAUUGAUGGGUCAAGCUUCUUCGGUAGGGAUGAGGUAAAGAAACAAAUAAUUGGCCACUUACUGCGUGGGACUAGCAAAGAAAGAGAGAGCUGUCAAACCAUCUCUAUAGUAGGGUUGGGAGGUAUUGGUAAGACUGCUCUUGCCCAGUUGAUCUACAAUGAUGAAGAAGUUAAACAACAUUUUACUAGCAGAAUCUGGGCAUAUGUUUCAAACGUUUUUGAUGAGAGUAAAGUCGCAACUGCGAUCAUUGUAGCACUUGAAGGCUUAGAUAAAGUAGCAGCCCUCCAAAUGGAGUCACUUCCAUCGAACGCUCUUUUAGAAAGAAUUUGCAAGUCCAUAGAAGGAAAGAAAUACCUCCUUAUCCUAGAUGAUGUAUGGACAGAAAAUGAUGAAGACUUUGGAGGAUUGAAUGUCACUUUCAAACGUGGUGCCGCAGGAAGUAGAAUUUUGGUGACUACUCGUAAGCAUACUGUUUCAAGAGUUAUGGGGAGUUCUCACACUAUUCAUUUAGAAACUUUGGGCCGAGACUUAUGCUGGUCCAUUCUUAAGAAAAUAGCACUAAGAGAAAGGGACCAAAAGACUUGUGAAGAUUUAACGCCAGUUGGGUUGAGAAUUGCGGACAAAUGCAAAGGUCUGCCACUUGUUGCAAAGACUCUGGGAGGUCAUUUACAGUUUAAAACUACUAGAAAAGAAUGGGAGGAUGUCUUGAAUAGUGAGUUAUGGGGGAUGGAUGUGGUACAUAAGGAUGUUUUUGUCCCUCUAUUGUUGAGUUAUUAUGAUCUACCAUCACCAGUAAAACAAUGCUUUAAGUAUUGUGCUUCCUUUACUAAAGACAAUCCUUCUUUUACUUGUCAUUUGAUUGCAGAGUGGAAGGCACAAGGUUACUUAGGCUUUAAUGAUGUUGAUGAUUCAUUCUGGGAACUGAAAGGCUUUGAGUACUUAAAGUGCUUAGAGGCUCGCUCUUUCCUCCAAGUUGAAGAUUUUCAUCCUUUCUAUGGUCAAUAUGCUAAGUAUAGGAUGCAUGAUUUGGUACAUGACUUUGCUCUUUUUUUAACAAAGGGUGAAUUUCUUGAAGAGGUGACCUCCAAAGGUGAUAAAAGCAUGAAGAUGAACUCAGAAAGAACUUGUCGGCAUUUGGCAGUAAUACUUGAAAGCGGCCUCAGUUUUCCUGAAUCCAUUUUUGAUGCAGAAAAAUUGCGAAGUCUCUAUAUUUCUGCUUGUAAGGGUGGUGUUAUCAGUGGUGGGGCCUUAUGUAAUUUGUUUACAAAAGCCCCUCGCUUAAGGGUAUUGACCAUAGAAUACCCUAAUUCAACUAUUCCAGAAGAAAUAGGGAACCUGUUGCAUUUAAGAUACCUUUGCUUGUAUUCUAAUCUUCAUCUAAAAAGGUUGCCUAAAGCACUUUGUACAUUACACAACCUGGAAUUUUUACAUCUGUACCGGUGUCUUAAUCUAGAAAGAUUGCCGAAUGAGAUGGGAAAUCUAGUCAACUUGAUGGUUCUUGAUACCACAGCAUGCUCCAAUUUAGCUUGCUACCCGAAGGGAGUUAGCAAAUUAACUCGUCUUACGCAAUUAUUAGGGCUCAUUGUGAGAGUUGAUCGUAACGAUCCUGAAGAGUUCAGCAUUGGAGAUCUUGCAAACUUGAAACAACUUGCUGUGCUUUCUAUGAAAAUGGUGGGAAAUACAAUCAACUUGGAGGAGUCAAAAAAGGUGAAGCUGCAAAAUUUGCAGGAGGUGAAAAUUCUGGUGAAUGAGGCUAUAGCGGACGCUGAUGAAGACACUAUACUUGAAUCCUUAAACAUGUCAUCUGUCCCUAGGUGCUGCUUUGAUACGGACUUCCAUUUGAUUGGUCGAUUCAGUACACCAAGAAAUGAAUAGUAUGUACCCUCUUCAAUUAAUUAACUCCAUUUUUGUCAAAUAUUAAAAAUAUUUAAAUUACUUCUUCAUAUAUGUAUACUAAUGAUAAGCAUUUUGUUAUUGUAGCCAAUACUGUGGCUUUUGAACAACUGGACCAUAGAGUAAUGGGAUGCGUCUUUCAAACGUGUUACUUUGGUGGUGAUCCAUGAUGAAAAGGUUGUUGGUGAUGAUGUGUGUGUGUGAAAGAAGAAAGGUGUAGGUGCUCCUUUUUACCUCUUUGAUACUUCCACCUCGGUGGACAUUGUGUGGUUUUUUUUGUUAAUUAUCUGGAUAAUUGUGUGCAGAUACUGCUUUUCUUUUUCUUUUUCUUUUCUUUUUUUUUUUUUUAACUUUGACCAUAUAGGGUUGAAUUUGGGUGUGCUGUAAUGUACUAUGGAUUUAGAAUUUUUUGUCUCUUGAUAUAUUAUAAAAAUAUAUAAAAUAU